ACUAGACGGAAGAAAGAUUCCGAGCGAAUCAGGGAAAGAAGUUGAUGAAUUAGAGAAUCGUAAACCCCAAUUUCCCACUUUCCACCCUCGAAAGGAAACUGUUCGCCCCAAAUCCCCUCUUCCAAAGAACAAUGCGCGUUGUGGGCUCCAUGUGACACACACAGUGGGGCUUGUAUGCGCACCAGCUCACAAACCCCCAUUUUUCUUCUUUACCAUCCCUCUCCAAGCUGAUGAAUCAACUGGGUCGCCUCUGAAAAUGAAAGAUUUCUCCGCGUUUUGGCCAUGGCGGUGGGACCUUUAAGCACCGCAGUUUCUGUUCAUUGACCUUCCUGCUGCCAUUUCUCGUUUUUGCAGUUCGCAGCAGCCACGCAUUAUCAUCGUUGCCCGUUUUAGUUUUUGGGUCAUAAAGCUUAUCCUGCCUUUCCAUGUGCGACCUUGGCUUUGUUCUGUUUUUUGACACUAAUUUAUUCUCUCCCCCCCCACCCACUAACCUAUUCACCUUUCUACUGCCCUCUUUUUCUUUCUCUCCUUCACCGAAUAUAUGCUCAAACUCCGAGGCUUGGAGGAUUUCAGAGGCGAUUAAGGCGAUUCCUCUCUUGUGGGUGUUGAAGAAAUAUGUGAUUUGAACAGAGAGAGAGAUCAGUGAGCAGUUUUUCAGCCAUUCAUGAUCCUUAAUUUACUCAGAUAGGAUAUGGAACAAACAUCUACCGAUGCUCAGAAAGAUCGGCAAAGAGAAUUCAGUUCUUUAUGUGACAGAAACAACGACGAGGAGCUGUUAGAAAAUGGUGAUUUGGAUCUGUCGAAGUACUCAAUAUCAGGAGGAUUGAAUCAGAAGGUAAUGCUGCCUAAUGCAUUGUAUUUGAAGUCGAAGCAAUACCGAAUCAGUAAAAACUAUGUUCGUGAUUUGGUUUUUAACUGUAAUAUAGAGUUAGACUAUAAGGUUCCGAAGUAUAUGGUGACGAUAGAUGAGAAAUAUCUUCGACGAUGCUUGGAUUUGAUUCAGAUUAGUGCAUCGAAGCCUGUACGUUGUAACGAUUCUAUAAACUCGAGCUCUGUGAAGACUGGUGCUGCUUUGACUGAAAGCUUGAGUACGAGUAAAUUACGAACAAGAGGGAUGGAUGGUUUGGAAAGGUUCGAUAUCGCGUGCCCUUCAACUGGGGAGGAUGGCAACACGGUCAUAAGCUCGAGUAAACUGUGGUUUGUUGGUUCAAUUAUGGGAAGUAAGAGCAUGAUCAACAUAUUGAAGAGUCCUUUAUUGCAUCAACUCGGUAUCAAAGAGGAAACUUCGAGUUUCGUAAGAAUGGAUAUGAAUGAUAUCGAAGGCUUCGCAGGCGGCAGUUUUAUAGACUCUCCCAAUGGUGUGGAUAUAUCUUCAUUGAAGAAGCUAGAAAAUGCAGAACCGACAAAGGGAAGCCAUCGAGAUGGAUCUGAUACAGCAAACGAGAGGUUUUUCUCCACACCGAGCAGGAAUUCUUUAUGUUCUGAUCAGUCUUCUUCGGGUUCAGCGUCCACACCGCUUUGCCAAGGUAUGCUUCAGUUCACAUGGAAGGAAGGAAGCCCUCACUUCGUUUUCUCUGUAGAUGAUGAGAAGGAGGUCUAUGUGGCUGACUCGUCGAAGGUCGUGUCAGCUGAUAAUAACGCAUUGGACUAUGUUUAUUUGUUUCGUUCGACAAAGAGUGGUCUAAAGGAUCAUGAGGUUAGAAAUACCAGACCCCGUAUCGUUGGCAAGAUGACGGUGUCGUCUUCUUAUAGUGUCUGUCUGAAUAAUUCAAAAGUUGUGGAUACUGAAUUUGUGUUGUUUGGUGGUAUCGAAAAUUCUGACGUAGAGACGAAUGCUUCAAACACCAUCUUUAAAAAGAACAAGGUGUUUCCAAGAAGGGUGGCUGAAGUAUUUAGGACAAGUAACUCAUCUAAACAGAAUAGAUCUGGUGUCUUGAAGGAUUCUUGUCCUUGGGAACCAUACUCGAAUAAACACAACAGCUCCGAUGACUUAAUUUGUGCUCGUAGCCUUCCUCCGAAUCUUGAAUUGGCUGCUGUUGUCGUGAGAGACCAUCUUCCGGAAGAUCGUGGCAGCGGAGUUGGAGGCUGGGGUUUGAAGUUCCUCAAACAGGUCGAGGCCAAACAAACAAUACAGGCUGACUGUUGUAUGCGAAACAGCACAAAAUGUUCGACGAGCAUGAAUGUUCUUAUUCCUGCUGGUCUCCAUGGCGGGCCUAGAACAAGGAACGGUGGUCCUUCCACCCUCAUGGAACGGUGGAGAUCGAAUGGACUCUGUGAUUGCGGCGGUUGGGACAUCGGAUGCCCUCUAACGGUACUUGAAGGCCAAUCUGUCAACAACAAUACUUCUCGCCAAGCAGACGUGCAAGAAUGCAGGGCAUUUAACAUACAUGCUAAGGGUUGUGAGAAUGGUCCUCCAACAUUGAGGAUGGUGAACAUCCGCGACGGCUUGUACUUUGUUCAUUUUCAAUCGAAACUAUCGUCUCUGCAAUGUUUCUCAAUUGCAGUGGCGAUCGUCCAUUCGCGAAGUCCGGGUCUCAAACCCAGAAAUGUACAGGAGUUAAAAGUAGUUAGCAUAAAGCAGUAGGCAAGUUUAAGGUUUUAGACAUGAAAAUUAGAAGUUAUAACUAAACUAGAUCUGUUGCUUCACACUGGAAACUGGAUAAGGUUGUUCUCCAUUUCAGCUGUGGGGACAUGUUUGAAAGAACAGGAAUUAGGUUAAUGUCGUUUGACUUCUUGAUCUGAAGUUGACUUUAAUUCCGUGUCCCCAACGGCAUUUGUUGAGGACUUUUUGUAUUUUCUUAUUCAUAUUAUAGUUUUGUAAAGCCUAUUUGUUUGAUAAUAAAAUAAUAUUUGAUUCCAAUAGUCACUUCAA